AUGGAGACGCGUCCAACUGCGCGAGGGAGGGGGAAAGGGGCGGGGCUUCGGCGCUGGCGGAGGGAUCCGGAGAGGAGGCGCUGCCUGUCACUCAAUGGGAAGGAUGGGCCGUUAAUCCAAAAUGGCGGGCGGUGGGCAGUUGGGGAAGGGGACAACGUCUUUGGGGGGCUUCCUGAGGCUCAACACCAGCCGCACAUGAAGGAACAGGAAGCCAGCAGAAAAUCUGAUUUUUCUGAGGGCGAGGAGCCCAAAAAUCAUAAGCCCCCAACAAACCCAGGCAAGAAGAAAACAAGGAAGAAGAAAGGGAAAAAGAAAGCCAGCCGGGAUCAUGGAAAGCAUCCCGGCGUGCCACAAGAUGAUGCCACGAAAGCCAUUCCAGGGCAAAGAACAGGAAACCCCCUCCUUGCCUCCACUUCGGCCUCUUCGGUUUUGACUCAAGGCGAUUCCGAAGCGACCAACGAAAGUCUCCGCUGGGAUGGGAUCCUGGAGGACCCUGUUGCUGAAGAGGAGAGGCUGUGGAAAUACAGGCUGAACAGGAGGAAGCGCUAUGGGGAAUACAUCCAGCAGAACCUACCGCCAGAGCCAUCCUUCGCCCUCAGGAAUUUGCCUCAGCUUUGUAAAGUUGCACAAAAGAGCCAGGAGCAUACCGUAUGCAAGAGCAAGUCCUCUACAAGUGCUUCCAACGGGCAGCAAAAGCCAAAUGAAACUGAGUUCUAGGCUCACAUCCAAAAUCGCAAUUGGCAUUACUACCAAAAUAUUCUCAGGAAAUAGUAUGAGAUCUUCCUCGUGCUUCUAUUUAGGUUUCUUUUCUUUUUUAAAAAAAAAGCCAAAGCACGAGACUUUGAUGUGUGUUCUUUGAAGCUGAUAUGAUUAUUAAAUUCUUUUUAAUUGUCCUUAAAUAACUAUGUUCCGUUUUAUUACAUUCUGUAUAGUGUUUCGAUGGCACAGACCUAGGAAAAGAAAAAUAGUACAAAUAUGCUGGAGGGUUGGUAGUUUGUUACAUUAUGAACAAGACCUUAAUAUUCAAACAAAAACGACUUCUGGGUUGCUGUGAGUUUUCCAGGCUAUAUGGCCAUAUUCCAGAAGCAUUCUCUCCUGACGUUUCACCCACAUCUAUGGCAGGCAUCUGCAGAGGCUGUGAGGUCUGUUGAAAACUAGGCAAGUGGGGUUUAUAUAUCUGUGGGAUGAGCCAACAAAGGAUCCUCAGUGGGAGUACUUUAUUGCACUGUUGUCCAAAGAGUGAUCAGAAAUGCAACAUACUUUCCUGCAAUGAUAAUUUAUUAGAUAACAUGGAUAAAAUUAAAAGUAAAUUGUGGAGAAAGGAAAUGACACCAAAGACAUUGUAUGAGGCCAUCGAGAACUUCCCAAGAACACAGCAACACUUCAGCUUUAAAUCAUGUAAUGAUACCUUUUAAAAAAAUCUUUUUCUUUAAAAUAAAAAGUACACAUAUAUAUAGAAAGAUAUUUAAGAUCACUCAUGUAUACAAUAAAGAGAGGCAAGGGUAGGGAUGGUUUUGUAAAAAAAUAUCCUAAUCAAGGCUUGUAUUGAUCAACACCCAAGAAAAACAAAACUGAAAAAGCCCCCUAUUUAUGUCUGCUCCAUUCCUACCAAAUAAACUUGUAGACACUUCCUUCAGAUGACAACGAUAGGGAAUCAUAAAAUAUUUAAAUCCCUUUUCUCCCUCACAACAGCAUCUCAGAUCAAUUUUGGAAUCGGCGUAACUGCACCUAUGCCGACCUAGCUAUGCCCAACCUCUGUUAGUUUCCUGUCAGUGUUGUUGUUUUAUUCUGCCUACAUUGCUGAAUGGCAUUUUUAUGUAAUUAUAUUUUAACUGUUGUUUAGGCUUUGCCCCAUGUAAGCCGCCCCAAGUCCCUUCGGGGAGAUGGAGGCAGGGUACAAAAAUAAAAUAAUAAUUAUAUUAUAUCCUGGAAUCAGUAAGGACCCUAUUUAAUAUUUGAAAGCUUGCCACUCACAGGACUGAUGGGUGCCCCUCAUCAGUGAUUGAACAAGAUGCCAAACAUCCUUUAUUUUGGGGUUUGACUCUUUACAAUCUAUUAAUCUGGACAAUAUAUUAAUUCGACAGUAAUAUGUAGCUAGAUUAAUUGAAAUAAAUACUUUCAGGCAGGCAAAUUUCUUAGUAACUACUUUGUUGUGAAUUCCAACUGUUCCCUUAUUCCUGUUGUGAGCGCUAGACUCGAGAAGGAACUGCAACAAAUAUCUGCCAUCUGAUUUUGGUAUUUGCUUGAAACCGUAAAAUCGUAUAUUCCCUUCUGUACAGACCCUCAAGACCUUUUAUCCUAAAAACAUUCAGGAUAGUAUUUGUUUAUGUGAGGAGAAGAACUCUUCUGUAAAUUCCCACCAAAUUCUGCCCAUAGAUCUAAAUUUUUAAAUUCAGAUACAAAGACCAUUGAAACCUGAAUGAUGCAGUAGCAAUGAAGUUGUUGAAGGCUUUCUUGGCUGGAAUUACUGGCUUGCUGUGAGUUUUGCCAUGUUCGAGAAGCAUUCCCUCCUAGCGUUUCGCCCACAUCUAUGGCAGGCAUCCUCAGAGGUUGUGAGGUCUGUUGGAAACGAGGCAAGUGGGGUUUAUAUACCUGUGGAAUAAUAUCCAGGGUGGGAGAAAGAACUCAUUUGUGUUGGAAACAAGUGUGAACGUUGCCAAUGACCAGCUCGACCUUUUGUAUUGGUCGCACUACUCCUGAUUACUUGAUAUUAAUUCAGGUCUCCUCCCAAUCCAGUGUGAUCUUAAUCGAAUCUGGUGCACUUUAUCUAUUUCCGAAUUUGCAACUCAUAAUGUGCACUUUGCUUAUCCACUUUUGCAACUUCAUUGGUUUUAAUUAGAUGUCUUAAUACUGCAUUUCUGGAGUUUUUUCUGGUUAUUAUGUAUAUAUUAUUACUGGUUUUUGUUCUGUAUUUUGAUGUUUUGUAUUUUGUUAUUGUUUUGUAUCUGAUUUUGCUGUAAGCCGCCCCGAGUCCCCUUCGGGGGAAAUGGAGGCGGGAUAUAAAUAAACUUAUUAUUAUUAUUA